GAAGCUCUUGUUUUUAGGUUUAAGAGUCCAAACCAACCUUCAGGUGUGUCAGAGUUCAACAGUUCCAGCUAUGAGUGAUGUCCCGCUGAGCCCGCUGCUCCUCAUCGGGGUCGGCUCCAGCUUCGCCUGUUCUGCCCUUUUCUACCGAUUAUACCAAGAAAAGAACAAAGAGUUGGAGAAGCUGAAGGAAAUACCCAUUUUCAAGCCAGAUCAACAUUUGGUCAAAGUUCUGAGGGCGUCUCCACACAAGAGGCUCCAGUACGUCGCUGUAGAAGGUCUGGUCCAGGCAGACGGGGAGCCUCUGGCCAGCCAGUUCGUCCCGCGGUGCUUUGGUGUGAUCCAGAAAGUUGCAGUGGAAGAACACUGGAAGUACUGGAACAACCUCACCAAGACAUGGAACACUCGGACCAUGAAUAAGAAGGAGAGCACCACCACGGUGCCGUUCUCUCUGGUCAGCCCCGGAGCCUUCAUGUCUGAGCUGCAUGUGAAGGUGAAGGAGCCUCUGGAGGCGUCGGGCAGCUUCCUGGAGAGAGUUUACUUUAAGGUGAAGCGUGCCGAGGAGAGCGUGGUGGGCGCCGUGCUGCAGGGCCUCAGCGGGGAGAAGCCGGGCGCCCUGGAGGAGAGCGAGGAGCUGCUGCGGGUGGGGAGCACCCUGACGGGCUUCGGGGAGGUGGUGCUGGAGGGGGGGCAGGUGAUGAGGCUGCAGGCCCCCCAGGACGGACGGAGCUUCGUCCUGGUGGCCUCCGACCACAGCAGCUUCAUGGAGCGACACCAGAGGGCCGCCAGCAUGUGGAAGAGCCUGUCGGCUGUUACUGGGAUCACUGGAGCGUCCCUGCUGGUCAGAGCGCUCUACAGCCUGCUGGGGAACCAGGACGACAAGAAACAGUAGGAUGGAGGAGGAGGAGCAGCUCUCUGGGGUUUUAUCUCUUAUUCCACUGCAGCGUGCAGCUGAUAACACAGAUCAGCUGCAUGUUAAGAUUUGUUUCAUUGCCAAAUAUUAUCUUGUAUUAACUACGG